CCCACACUUCCGAGGUUUUCUUUCCAGGACAGCCUGGUUUCCCUUCUUCGGCUUAUUGUUCCAUCAAAUUUCAGAUUUUGAGUUCUGAUUUUUGGUCAGAAGAAUAAAGUUUCUGGGAUUGGGGAUGUGUGUGCUAUGGGAACUCAGUGUGUCCCCAGCCCUUGUUUGUAAACAAGGAAGGGACAGAAAGCAGGGAAAUAAAGGCAGAAGGCAGUGACAGGGAGGCUGUGUCUGCUGCUUGGAUUCUCUGGGCUCACUCCCACGGUGAGCUGCACACUGUGAUGGAGACCCCUCUGGAGAAGGCCCUGACCACUAUGGUGACCACGUUUCACAAAUAUUCUGGGAGAGAGGGUAGCAAACUGACCCUGAGUAGGAAGGAACUCAAGGAGCUGAUCAAGAAAGAGCUGUGUCUUGGGGAGAUGAAGGAGAGCAGCAUCGAUGACUUGAUGAAGAGCCUGGACAGGAACAGCGACCAGGAGAUCGACUUCAAGGAGUACUCGGUGUUCCUGACCACGCUGUGCAUGGCCUACAACGACUUCUUUCUAGAGCACAACAAGUGACCGGGGCUGCCCUCCACCCUCACCCUCCACCCCUUGCUGCUGACUUCAGCUGCUCCUCUCACGGACCCUCUUUGGCCCCCUGCCCUCCUCUCCCUCCCAGAUGGACCUUUCCAUGGGAGGAAAUAAAGUUUCCAUCGCAGGUGCUGGGA